AUGCAGUCCCCACCAAGCUGCCCCGCUAAAGCCGAAACAGGACUAGCGGCCUCAAAAAGGAGCCAUCUCUGGGAAUUCCUUGGCGAACUUGCAGUCGAACGGGCUCUCUUUCUCUCUUGUCUCUGCUUCUUCCAAUUCCAAACUCGCUCACGCUCCCACGCUCAUUCAUUCUUCCCAUCAUUGGGGCACCGCCGGGCCACACAGACGCCGAAACCCACUGACCCAGAUUUCCACUCGUACUUUACUUUAAUCAUCUUAAUCUUUUCCCCCCGCCCUGAUCGACCCUUUCCUUUGGCUUUUGCAAGUCAAAAAUCCAAAUCUCGCGCGGCCAUUCUGAUGCCGGUUGCCACCUCCCCGUCCGCGUUGCCUCGUCCGUCCAGCUUUGCCAAGAUGGAGGACAGGAAGAGACCCGCGUCCGGCGCGGUCGACGAAGUAGCUCCCCCGAGCAAGCGCCAUCAGGUCAACGGCAGCGGAAAGUCCAAGGAUGACUCUGGCGACAUGAAAGAAGAGGCCUGGAUUGAGGAAUAUACCAAGGGCGCCAUAUAUCGCCAGAUGCAAGAGUACAAACGAGAAAAAGCAAGCCUUGAGAGUCGCGUACAGGAGCUCGAAAAGAACCACACCGACCACGACGACCAUAUCCGAGUUGUCGACGCCUGGCUACAUCAGAGUUACUCGUCGAUGGCACAGUAUCAUCUCGCUCUCCGUCAGUAUCCACUUCUGACUUUGUUAGACUCGCCAUUCCCAUCGUCAACCGCACUCGGCUUUAAGGACAGCAAGGAGUUCCAGAGACAUUUGGGUGACAAGGGCAAAGCUUUCAAAUCCAAGGCCGAAUCCAUUUUUCAGCGUCUAGCAAGCUCACGUGGCGAGGUAAAGCCAGACGUUGCCAAGCUUGAAUCUCAGCUCAAGACGGCACUCGCGCAACAAAAGGAGUUACAUCUGAAGCUGGACAGGCUCGAGUCGGAUAAGGCGCUUCUCUCGGAACAAUAUGACCAAGCAACGCUGAAAGCAAUCAAGGCGGAGAGAAAACUAGACCGUGUGAGAAGCGUCCAGGUUCAAAAGCUGGAACAAAAGGCCCUGGCCAGUGCGACGACACGGCCAGUCAAGACGGAGGAAAAUGGUGAUUCUUCCGACGACACCGAGGGCAACACCAGCGAGUUGAGGGCACUUUACAAGGAGGCGCAAGCUGUUGUCAACAGGCAAAAGUUGCAGAUCGAGGCCAUUAUCUCCGAAAACAAAGCCCUCAUGGAAGAGAACUCGACCUUCAAAACAAAGAGGGAAAGUGUCUCUGAUGAAGAUUAUGUUCGAACAGACGUUUUCAAGCAUUUCAAGCUCCAGAAUGAGGAUCUUAUCAAGCGCAUCAACCAUCUGGAAGCCACUAACAAGCAGCUACGCGAGGAGGCCGAGAAGCUACGAGCAGAAAGGUCUGACUGGCAAGUUAAGGUGGAGGCCGAGGCUCAGCUCGUAGUGUCCGAGGCGGAGGACCAAAUACAGGCAAAGGAUCAGGACCUUACGCGGAUUCGAGCUGCCAGAGACGACUUGGUAGCUGAGUUGGCCAUGCGCAAGGCCGCUCAGGAUCAAGAAAGGGCUGCUUUGGAUCAAAUGAAGGAACUCGUGAACGCCAAGAUGGAUCGCAUCACCCAACUUGAAUCUGAGCUGGAACGACUGCGACCAAGUGAGGACGUGGUCAUGACCGACGCACAACCGAAUCUCGAAUCUUUGUCGAUUGAGGAGCUCCGGGCAAAGUGCGCCAAACUUGAGAAAGACUAUGCCUCGAUCAAUGCGGAACUUCCGCUUCUGGAGAAGUCGUACAAAAAGGCCAUGGUGCUCGCGCAUUCCAAAACCAUGGACAACAACGCUGUCGAAGAGCGCAUCAACACACUCAUGGCCGAGAAAGCCAAAGCGGACCAGAAGUACUUUGCGGCACGGAAAGACAUGGAUAUUCGGCUUCAGGAGAUCCGUACCUUGCGUUCGCAAAACUCAAGGAGCUCCGAAAUCAUCGCACAGCUCAAGGACGUGGAGCAUUCCACGAGAAGUGUCAUCAGCAACCUGGAGAAGCAAAUUGCAACUCUCAAGACCGAGGCCGCAAGCAUGGCAGCGGAGAAGAAGAGGCUUGAGUUGUUGACAGCGGAAGCGACCAGAAGAGCCGACUCGGUCAAGGGCCAGAUUGCCAACUUGACCGAACUGCUCAAGGCCAAGGACGCCACAGUGGCUAGCAUGAAGGAGCAAACUAUGAGCCGGGAGCAAGAGCUGGACAAGAUCAAGGCACGGUUAGAGGAGAAGAACUCGGAAAUUAGCAAACUGAGGGCCAAGUGUCGCGGCAACUCAACCGAUGAAGAGGAGGCUUUGCGGAACUUGGUUAUUUGCUCUGUUUGCCGCAGCAAUUUCAAAAACACGAUACUGAAGGGAUGUGGUCAUGUUUUCUGCAACAGCUGCGUGGACGACCGGCUGGCCAACCGAAUGCGCAAGUGCCCGAGCUGCAACAAGGCGUUUGACCGAUCCGAUGCCAUGGCGGCCCACCUUUAGGCUCGUUCUGGGGCUGACCUGGAUGAAAUCGGGCGCAGAUUUGGGCCAGGGAGGAAGAUGAGAGAGAGGGGGAAGACGAGUAGGCUCUGUUGUUUCUAGCUCUUGUCGUCGCCGGGUCCGUCGCCGCCUUGAUCACCGCCUUGAACACCGCCAUAUCUUCACCAUUGCCAAACUCGUCAGCCUGAUUGCCCUUGGUUCAGGCUCACAAGAAUCGACCUGAACGAUGGAUCGACGCGGGCUGCGCAGUUUUGGUCCAUUGGUCCCUGGACGCCGUUAUCGAAACGAUUUAUCACUAUGACACUGUAGAAACAGCGGAGGGAGAAGCUUGAAAGGGGUGAUAAUUUUCGUUUCUGUUGAUGCUUGGAUCUCUUCGCCACACAAAGCGUUUUGUAAUUCUACCGUGUGAGAGUAGUACGAAUAAGUUUUUUCUAGUUUUACUCUUUGCGGCUCGGCAUCCUUGGGUCUGGCUACCCUGCCUUGGCUUCUGGCUCUUGAUAUUUUCGCAUUACAUUUUUCUCCUUGGUGAGAUGGGGGACAAGGAAAAGAAAUGAGAAGGAGAAGGCAG